UUUAUGAGUAUAAUAUCUGCGAUCAAUGUAGCAUAACACAGAAAAGCAGAGAUGACGUCUAGAGACCCGGAAAAGGGUGUGGCUACAGAGGAUGUUUUUCCAGUCUCAGUGGAAGCCUUAUGUGACCUUAUGAAGGAUAGAAAUGCAGAAAGCUUGUCGAAAAUAACCGAUACCUAUGGCGGAGCAAUUGGACUAGCAAGGUCUCUUGGCGUCGAUGCUUCAAAAGGUCUAUGUACUUCUGAUAGUGAAGACAUAGCGAAACGCGAGCGACAAUUUGGUGGCAACGUCAUUCCUCCGAAGAAACCCAAAUCCUUUCUGCAGCUGUGCUGGGAGGCCUGCCAAGACCUUACCCUAAUCAUCCUCAUCUGCGCUUCCAUCUUCUCCCUUGUGCUAGCUCUUGUCGUACCACACGACCCAGAUGAGCAGGAUACGUCCAAGAAGUACGUGGAGUAUGUGGAGGCGCUGGCCAUCAUGAUGGCAGUGGGCAUUGUGGUGCUGGUGACUGCGGGCAACGACUGGUCCAAAGAGCGCAAGUUCAGAGGCCUUCAGGAGCGCAUAUCCAAAGAACAGCACGUGGACGCCCUCAGGGACGGAGACAUCAACCCACUCAACGUCACUGACAUCCUAGUCGGAGAUAUAGUACAUGUAAAGUAUGGAGACCAGGUACCGGCCGAUGGACUGAUUCUACAGUGCAACGACCUCAAGAUAGACGAGAGUUCCAUGACAGGAGAGAGUGACCUGAUAAAGAAGAGUGUGCUCAAGUGUCCGUGGCUUCUAGCAGGUACACACGUUAUGGAAGGUAGUGGUCGCAUGUUGACGAUAGCAGUGGGUAAAAACUCACAGACGGGAAUCAUUUUCACCCUUCUUGGAGCAUCGGGAGGAGCUGAGAAUUCAGCCCAGCCGGCCACCACUGAAGAUCAAGCUAAAGACAAGCCCAACGGAGUGCCCAAAGUAGAGAUAGUUCCUCCGGGAGCCACGGAGAACGGCAGCCGACUGGCAGAGACAGAUGUCGAUUCAGUCCCAGUGGCCUCCACUGACUCCAAGAAGGGAGGAGAUGACGAGGAGGACGAGACAAGUAGCUCCGAAGGUGGAGACGGAGGGGGAGUGAACCAGGACAAAUCAGUGCUGCAGACCAAGCUAACCAAACUGACUAUACUCAUCGGAAAGCUAGGAACAGCGGCGGCAGUACUGACAGUACUGGUGCUGAUCAUCCGCUUCGUGGUCAAUGAACUGAUGGAAGGCAAGAGUCCCAGAUGGAGUUGGCUGAAUGAGUUUGUCUCCCACAUCAUCAUUGGUGUGACUGUGCUGGUCGUGGCUGUGCCAGAAGGACUACCCCUAGCUGUGACCAUCUCGCUCGCCUACUCUGUAAAGAAAAUGAUGAAAGAUAACAAUCUAGUGCGGCAUUUGGAUGCAUGUGAGACAAUGGGAAGUGCAACCACCAUCUGUAGCGACAAAACAGGCACCCUAACUAAGAACAGAAUGACAGUCACCCAGAUAUACGCUGAGAAGCAUCACUUCAAAGACAUACCGAAAGAGUUCAAACCUAGCCAAAAGUACCUCGACUUACUAGCAAAUGCAAUUUCGAUCAACUCUGGCUACACCUCACAGAUCAUAGAAGAACACGCAGGGGACAAACACCCGAAACAUGUAGGCAACAAGACAGAGUGUGGACUGCUGGGGCUGCUGUUGCAUCUGGGAGCAUCCUACCACCAGAUCAGGGAGAAAAACCCAGAGGACUCGUUUCUCAAAGUGUACACUUUCAACUCUGCGCGUAAAAGCAUGAGUACAGUUGUUCGGUUGGCAGAUGGAACGAAGCGACUCUUCACCAAGGGAGCCUCAGAGACCAUCCUCAAACUAUGCUCGUUUCAACUGGCCGAGAAUGGCGCUGUUGAACCCAUUAGCAAGAAAGACGUGGAAUCCAUUGUGAAAUCAGUUGUAGAACCCAUGGCCAGUGAUGCCUUGAGGACACUGUGCAUUGCCUACAAGGACUUCCCGGCAGAAAUGGAGCCGGAUUGGGAGGAUGAAGUGGGACUUGUGAGUCAGCUGACAUGCAUUGCAGUAACGGGAAUCGAAGACCCUGUCAGAGACGAGGUUCCGGAGGCUAUCAAGAAAUGCCAGAAAGCAGGAAUCACUGUACGUAUGGUAACUGGUGACAACAUCAUGACUGCUAGAUCGAUCGCCACCAAGUGUGGUAUCAUACGCCCCGGAGAGGAGGACUUCCUGGUCAUUGAGGGCAGAGAGUUCAACAAACGCAUCCGAAACAAGGACGGACUGAUAGAACAGAAACUGCUGGACAAAGUGUGGCCCCAGCUGAGAGUGUUAGCCAGGAGUUCCCCCACUGACAAACACACUCUAGUCAAGGGCAUCAUCGACAGUGAGCUGCCAGGCGCAUCGGAGGUUGUUGCAGUAACGGGAGACGGAACCAACGAUGGACCCGCACUCAAGAAAGCCGACGUCGGAUUCGCAAUGGGUAUUGCGGGCACGGACGUGGCGAAGGAGGCGUCGGACAUUAUCCUGACAGACGACAAUUUCACCUCCAUUGUGAGAGCAGUCAUGUGGGGCAGGAAUGUGUAUGACGGCAUCGCCAAGUUCCUCCAGUUCCAACUCACUGUCAACUUAGUCGCCAUCAUACUCGCGUUCACCUCCUCAUGCAUUAUCAUGGCCUCCCCGUUGAAAGCGAUCCAGCUGCUGUGGGUGAAUCUGAUCAUGGAUACGUUCGCUUCUCUGGCCCUGGCCACGGAGAUGCCAACGGAGGACCUGCUGAACAGGAAACCCUACGGCAGGACCAAGCCCCUCAUUUCCCCCAUGAUGGCCAGAAACAUAGUCGGUCAGGCCAUAUACCAACUGGCAGUACUAUAUGCCAUCCUAUUUGCAGGGCCCUACUUUUUACCUCUUGGAGGCGACAUAGAACCGACUGACUUUGGCCGAAAGGCAAAAGUACCGAACGAUCACUUCACCAUGGUAUUCAACGUGUUCGUGCUGAUGCAGUGCUUCAAUGAGAUCAACGCACGCAAGAUCCACGGAGAAAGAAACGUGUUCCAGAAUAUACACACAAAUGCACUGUUUAUAUGCAUAGUCAUCGGCACAAUCAUAGCCCAAGUGGUCAUCGUGCAGUUUGGAGACGUGAUCACAUUCACCACUCCUCUGGGUUGGGAACUGUGGCUGUGGAGUGUGGCCUUCGGACUGGGCACCUUGGUGUGGGCCCAGGUGCUCAACUUUGUGCCAGAAUCCUCCCUCCCAUCCUGGUUCUCAUGGGGCGACACCACCGAAGACUACUCCAACCAAGAGGGCAAGACUGGAGGCGCAGGAGGUGCCAAUGCGAACCAGCCCAACCACAGGGCAUCCUCUACUCCAGUUCCAAGUUACCCGUCAGAAGUAGAAUUGAGCGGUGACAGAGGAGACGCAGACGCCACUGCUGUCAACUUCAACCCGGGUAGCUCGGGCGGGGGAGCGGGAGGAGCCGACAACAGGAGCAGAGUACUUUGGGUCAGGGGUGUCACCAGGAUACAACAACAGAUCAAAGUCGUCAAAGCAUUCCGAGAAACAGUUCAGCCGAUGCGCGGUACAUCCCGCGACAACAAUUACCACAACUUUAUACACAAACCAGUUCCAGUUAUGGGCAUGUCCGCCCUAAUGGGAUACCAUUCCCAUUACGACUCAAAUAGUGGAACUAGCACCCCAACACCAUCCCCGGUUCCGACCCCUAGUCCAUUAGCCAGACAUAAUGCACCGCCAUAUGAACAAGUUUUCAUGAUUGAUGAUGAAAAUUCACUUACGGCAGGAUCAUCAGCUGCGACAGCUGUGUAAAACGAGGCAGAACAAUUCAAACUAAUUUAAAUGAAAUCAGAAUGCGAUGCUUAGAUGAAGACUCAAUCUUUGCUCAAAAACAACUGUUUUUGACGAUAUCAGUAGCAAAAAAUAGACAUCAUUUGCAACGAGAAAACAAUAGCACAAUAUUAGACUAAUUGUAUCGAGAAGAAUGAACUGUAAAUGUGGCGUUCGAGAAACUCAAUUUGAAUAUUUUCUGUCAGGAAACCCCCAAUGCUGGUCACGACCUGCUUAAUGCCCAAUUUGCACAUAAACAAAUCGCUCAUCUAAGUUAGACCAACCAGCUAACGCAUCAAAUCUCAUGGUUUAAAUCCGUUAAAUUUUAUUGAUUUCGCUACUUGAUCAUUUACUGCUUACGGUUUAAAAUGAUUCCUUCGUCUUCAUAGCUUGGCUUUGGGAAUUAGUGCAAUCAUUUUCAUUGCUGCUGCUAUACAGAAUUUUUGUUUAUGGUGGCAUUAUGUUUUGGCGACUUAUAACAGGUGGCAACCGAAUAAUUGAAUUAUCGAAUGGCUGUCCAAUUUGCUGCGUUUGUUUCAAUUGACAAAUUGAAACCCCCCCCCCCAUUUCCUCACUUCGAUUACCCCUAGACUUAGAUGCAUGAGCCAAGCAUUCAGCGCCUCAAAGUUGUUUUCAGCGCAAAUGACGCAAUAUAAAUGUGGUUGACUUUUAGUUUCAAAAAAGGGACUUUAAUGUUUAGAAUUACCAGCUAAAUAAAAAAAGGUAUCUAUUGACAAAGUUCUCUCUAAUUGAAUUAGUUUUUACACAAGCAUAGCUUGUGUUAUAAGUAUGAACUUUCUUUUUUUCCAAUCUAAGUUGAAAAUAUUGUUGCGAUGGAAUUGUUGCGACGAAAUUUGUUCAUUUUAGAAGUGUUCAUUUUGAUCCAGCUAUUAAGUACAGCCAAUGCUAUGGAUAUUAACACAGACUAUUAUAUUACAAAUAGCACUUUAGCUUCAAGGAAUCAUGGAUCUGUAGCGUAGAGGUAGGGAAUGAGACCAGCAGCAAAAUAAGAGGUUUCGAACCUGGCAUUGUCGGAUGUUUUUUUCGUGAACUUCGUAUACUAGUUAAAAUGCGUCCGCUCUAUAAUAUGAGGCAUGGGCUCCUUUCAAAAUACCGAGUUUUAUGUUUGUUGUACGUGUGUUUACGGCUUAAUGUGUGAUGCUACGCUGUAAAGUAUGAAGAACAAAUCUGUUCACAGUUGUCGGUUUGGUCACCUCGCCAAAUUUCAUUGCAUUAUGACAACGUUAAAUAAGCUUUUCAAAAUUGAAUUCGAAAGGGGGGGACUGGAAAAGAGCCGAGGCAUGUUAGUUGGUAAAUUUUUUUUUCAUAUUGACUGCUAAUGCGUCAUAAUUGGCUUGCGUCACUCAGCAAUUAUGCAGACUCAUAAUUGGCGAGCGUCACUUAUGAAAUUUUAUAAACUCAAAGUUUUACUCAUUCAGUUUUUGCCAGUAGAGUUAUCGGUCAUAUUUUUGCUUGUGUAUGCGAAGUGCAACUUGCCUCUGUGUAUGAAAAUUUUCAAGCAGCAUUGAAACGAUGGAUGAAUACUGUUGUUAGGCAUCCGAAGGGUUGUAUUCGAUUUACAUAGAUCUUGAACAAUCAAUAAAAAUAUUGUUAUUGUUGACUAGUCGUUGUUUCGGGGUCGUUUCGAUAUAAGUUGCCACUUGUUUAGGUUUCUAAUAUGUUGACCAACCAUGACUAAUAAAUAAUUCCUUUUCGUGAAAGAUUUCGAUAAAAACGAGAUCUAUAUCAGGAAAACCUAAUUCUUUAACUAUCAUGAUUAAUAAUUCCUUUUCGUGGAAACCUUCGAUAAAAACUAAAUAUAUAUCAGGAAAGCUAAUUCUGCAAUUAUCAUGACAAAUAAUUCCGUUCAUGAAAACUUUCAAUGAAAAAAGAAAUUAUUUUGAAGAAGAGCAAAAUGAAUAAAUGAAAAUCCUGUCUUUAAAGUUGCGGUUCACUUACAAACGAAGUCAUGUGAUAUGGUCGAACCUGAAAAAAGGGCCGCGUGAAUUACUUCAUUAUCGGAUGUUUUCAUGGAGUAUUUCGUGCAACAUUCCAUUUGUGUCCCAACCAUAUAUGAACUAAAUUGAACUUAGAUCUAUCCUUCAUUUCUCGACUAACUUGUGUUCCUACAAAUUGCUUUUCCAAAUGAAUUUCCAGUUUUAUAGCGCCUCAAAAAAUGCAUCUGAUGAAAAUUUAUUUUCUAAGAUCGUAAUUUUAUUAAAAGUUAAGCGAAUGAAUUGUUUUUUUUUUUUCAAGAGUUUCUUUCAUGCCUCACGACUCAUUCAAAUUAAAUGGAGCAAUCGCAGUUAGCUCGCUAUUUUGAUUUAAUUGUACAGUGUAAACGGAGUAAGUGCCGUUUUAAUUAUUGCACCUCCACCAAAUAUUCCUUAAAUUGUUAAUGAAAAGUAGCAUUUUACUGACUGAAAAAUUCUAUAUUAAGAGAUUUAAUCUGAAUCUAAAUUUGCAUUAGUAUACCGAAAAAAGAUACAGAUAUUAUGUAAACUAAACUAUGUUUCUAUACCUUUAAUUUUAGCUUGUGAUUUCUGUCUCCGGACAAAUUGAAUUGAUUUGUUAUUUUUGAAA